CUUGUGUUACAAAGGUAUAACAAAUUAGUACACGGCCCAAAGUAGCUCACUCGUAUGACACACUUUGUAGUGCGGCAGUGUUCGAUUUUAGACGUAACCUCUGAAUCCCGCCGUGGUUCCGCCUCGGCUCGCGUGAGGAAACGGGACUAUUUGCGGAAUAUAAAAGAUGAACAAACUUCAGCUUGCGUUAUGCAACAGUCGCUCUGCCUGGACUGCCGUCUCGUGACGCGCACGCCGACUUUAUGGCACAGUUUCUCGCAUAAAUCCUCGGUGUCCGUGCGUGCCCGUGCUCAGCGCGUGCCCCGCCGUGUGUUCUGCUGGGCUUCACUUCUUGUACCGAGCUCUGGUGUGCGCGCGCGUGGCUCAGUCCCUGCCUCCCCCCGUCUCCUCUCCCGGUGUCCACGAGCGUCUGCACACAGCCAUGGCCGGAGAGAGCACGGAUCAGCGCGCGCUGCAGUACGAGCAAACUUUGAUGUAUGGACGCUACACACAGGACCUGGGUGUGUAUGCAAAAGAAGAAGCAGCGCGUCUGCGGGAGGAGGCGGCGUUCAGACGUCUGGUGACAGAGAGAAGCCGAUCGCUCGAGCUCCUCGAGUACGACAAGAGCCGCUGUGCCAAGUGCAGGAUUUGUACAGUUCACUGUCAGAAGUUCCUGAUCUCACGUGUGGGGGAGGAUUGGAUCUUCCUCAUCCUGCUCGGACUCGUCAUGGCCCUCGUCAGCUUUGUCAUGGACUUUUGCAUCGCUGUCUGCCUACAAGCUCAGAAGUGGAUGUAUGGAGGAUUGGACAGUAACAUGGUCCUGCAGUACUUGGCGUGGAUCACUUACCCUGUAGUUCUCAUCAGCUUCUCCGCUGGCUUCACACACAUCGUAGCACCACAGGCUGCUGGUUCUGGUAUCCCUGAGAUGAAGACCAUCCUGAGAGGUGUCGUGUUGAAGGAGUACCUCACUCUCAAAACAUUUGUAGCCAAAGUCAUUGGCCUAACAUGUGCACUGGGUAGUGGGAUGCCUCUGGGUAAAGAGGGUCCAUUUGUGCACAUUGCGAGUCUGUGUGCUGCUCUACUUUGCAAGUUCAUGUCACUCUUCGGGGGAAUUUACGAGAAUGAAUCCCGUAACAUAGAAAUGUUGGCUGCUGCGUGUGCUGUUGGUGUUGGUUGUUGCUUUGCAGCCCCAAUUGGAGGUGUGCUCUUCAGCAUUGAGGUCACCUCCACGUUCUUUGCUGUGAGAAACUACUGGCGUGGCUUCUUUGCUGCUACCUUCAGUGCCUUCAUCUUCAGAGUGCUGGCUGUGUGGAACCGAGACGAAGAGACCAUCACGGCUCUCUUCAAGACUCGUUUCCGCCUCGACUUUCCCUUCGACCUCCAGGAGCUGCCAGCCUUCGCUGUUAUUGGGAUAGCGAGCGGUUUUGGCGGCGCUCUGUUUGUUUACCUGAACAGACUCAUCGUCCAGUUCAUUAGGAAGCAGAAGGUGAUCAACAAGUUCCUCAUGAAGAAGCGUCUUCUAUAUCCUGCCCUUGUCACCCUGCUGAUCUCCACAUUGACAUUUCCUCCUGGAUUUGGGCAGUUCAUGGCAGGCCAGCUGACCCAGAAGGAGUCUCUGGUGACAUUGCUGGACAACCGCACAUGGGCGAAGCAGGGCAUUGCUGAGGAAUUUGAGUACGAUGGUCAUGCAGCUGCCUGGAAACAUCCACAGGCCAACGUCUUUAUCACGCUCGUCAUCUUCAUCGUGAUGAAGUUUUGGAUGUCUGCUUUAGCCACCACUAUCCCAGUACCCUGUGGAGCUUUUAUGCCUGUCUUUGUCAUCGGUGCUGCUUUUGGACGGUUAGUGGGUGAGAGCAUGGCUGCUUGGUUUCCUGAAGGGAUUCAUUCAGACGGUGUUGUGUAUUCAAUCGUGCCAGGAGGAUAUGCUGUAGUUGGUGCGGCGGCUUUAUCUGGAGCAGUAACGCACACAGUGUCCACAGCGGUGAUCGUGUUCGAGUUGACUGGACAGAUCAGUCACAUUCUCCCUAUAAUGAUUGCUGUUAUAUUAGCCAACGCUGUGGCUCAAAGCCUCCAGCCAUCAAUUUACGACUCCAUCAUACGCAUCAAAAAGCUGCCGUACCUUCCAGAGCUCGGCUGGGGACACCAUGAGAAGUAUAACAUCCGUGUGGAGGACAUCAUGGUGAGAGACGUGAGGUUCAUCACACUGAACUGCACUUACAGAGACCUGCAUGACGUCCUGCUCACCGAGAGACUCAAAACACUCGCACUGGUCGAGUCCUCGGAGUCCAUGAUCUUAUUGGGCUCGAUCGAGCGCGCUCAGUUGCAGGCACUGCUGUCCACUCAGCUCGGCCGGCCACGGAGACUCGAGUACCUCCGACAACGCUCACAGAAAGAGAAGAAACACUCCGACACACACAGCAGUGAGGAGAACGUUCAGAAAAUCAACCAGGAGGUCCGCUUCCAGAUCUCUACAGAGGAAUCCUCGUUCACUCCUCCUCGCUCCAUCUCACCAAAACCACUGAAACCAGCACUGAAGCGACAAUCAGUCGUGGAUAGAGGCUCACAGAUACCAUCAAGUCAGGACUCAGGCAUCGCCUUAAAGAGCCUCUUCUGCGCCCACCCCGAUGCUGAGGGGGCAGAGAUUUAUAACCUGGAGAACUCAAUGGCUCCUGAGCACAGGAAGCUCAAGCGUGUGAGGAUAUCGGUGGCGGAGGAUGACUUGGAGGACGACAUGACCAUGAGAGAGAUCGCUGAGUGGGAGGAGCAACAGCUUGAUGAGCAGGUCAACUUUAACAACUGUAAGAUUGACCCCGCCCCCUUUCAGCUGGUGGAGCGCACCUCUCUGCACAAGACACACACCAUUUUCUCUUUGUUGGGUUUGGACCACGCUUACGUUACCAGCAUCGGACGUCUCAUAGGAGUCGUGUCACUCCGAGAGCUACGUAAGGCCAUUGAGGGUUCGGUGACGGUGAAGGGGGUGAAGGUGCGCCCCCCACUGGCCAGCUUCAGGGACAGCGGCACCAGCAGCAGUGAUGCUGAAGUGACUGAGCUCCACAAACUGUGGAACCGCCACACCAACAUGACGCUUCCCAGGGACCACCAACCCUCCGACUCGGACGAGAAAUCCCAGUGAAAAAAAACAAACAAACAAACAAAGGGAACGAAAAAAGAGGAGGGAGGACGGAUGAAAGGAGUUGGAUAAGACUCAUAAAUAAUGUGCAAAAUUUUUUGUCUGUGUGUUUUGUUUUUCUUUUCUACGAAAGCUGAAGAGCUUCA